AUGGGGGCUUGGGCCCUUCUGUGGCCUCUCCUGCUGCUGCUGCUCAUCGAGCUGCUGGGUCAACUCCCGGGGGCCCAGGCCCAGGCCUGCACCGUGAGUGAGAACUUCUUUGAGGUCGAGGAGAACACGAAUCUCACCGAGCCCCUGGUGAACAUCUCCACCCCGGAGGGCUAUCAGGUGACCCUCGGGUCCUCGUCCACACCCUUUGCGUUUCUGAUCCUGAGGAACCAGCUGUUUCUCAAUGUGAUUCCUGAUUAUGAGGAGAACUCGAUACUGCAGGCUGAGCUGGAGUGCAAGCGGGGGGAAACGCUGGUGACCCAGCUGAGGGUGUUCGUGUCUGUGCUGGAUGUCAACGACAACCCCCCAGUGUUCCCCUUCACCACUAAGGAGAAGGCCGUGGAGGAGGACACCAAGGUGAACUCUACCGUCAUCCCUGAGGAGGAACUGGAGGCCGAGGACCGCGACAAGGACGACAUCCUGUUCUAUACCCUCCAGGAAGUGACCCCGGGCAUCAGGGACUUCUUCUCCCUGGUGGGUGCAAACCGCCCCACCCUGAGGCUGGACCAGCGUCUGGACUUCUACAAGUGGCCGAGCGUGACCUUCCUGCUGCUGGUGCGGGACACUCGGGAGGAGAACGCAGAGCCCAGCCACACGGCCACGGCCACCGUGCUCCUGGAGGUGCUGCCCGCCGACCUGCGGCCCCCUUGGUUCCUGCCCUGCUCCUACUCGGAUGAUCACGUCUGCAUCGAAGCCCAGUACCAUGGGGCUGUGCCCACGGGACAGCAACUGCUGCACCCCCUCAUCCUGCGUCCCGGGCCCGUCUACGCUGUGGAUGGAGACCGAGGCAUCAAUCAGCGCAUCCUCUACAGCAUUUUAACAGGAAACGUGAACAACACAUUCGACAUCGGUGCAGACACAGGCAACCUCACCAUGAAAAGUAGUGUCCCCAGCCCCAUGACCUUCCUUCUGGUGGUGAAGGGCGAGCAGGCCGACUUUGCCCGCUAUUCGGUUACUCAAGUGACGGUGGAGGCCCGCGCUGCCAACGGGAGCCUGCCCCACUUCCCCCAGAGCCUGUACCACGGCACCGUGGGGCUUGGCUCCGGAGCAGGCGUGGCAGUCAAGGACGCAGAUGACCCCUCUCAGCCGCUGAGGAUCCAGGCUCAGGACCCAGAGUUCCCGGACCUCAACUCUGCCAUCACGUAUCACGUCACCAACCACUCAUACUUCUGGAUGAGCGGGGAGACCAUGCUGACUGCCACGACCCUGACAAGAGCAGAAGUCUUCUAUGCAGAGGUUGAGGCCAAGAACACAGUGACCUCGGGCACAGCAACCACAGUUGUCGAGAUACAAAUUUCAGAGCAGGAGGCCCCCUCCACAGGGCCCCCCACAUCCCCAGAGGCUGGAGGAGCAACUGGGCCCACGAGGAGCACCAUUUCGGAAGCCCCCAGACCCCCAGGGCCUUCUCAGGGACCCUCCAUGACUGCCUCUGGCGGGGGCACUGGCCCUCACCCACCCUCAGGCACAACUUUGAGGACACCUGCGUUGCCCACCCCUGGGGGGCCCCCCAGUUCAGGAAACAGCACCUCCCCUCCACCAGCCACACCAGGUGGGGGCUCAGCACAGACGCAGAAGCCAGGAACCUCUCAGCCGAUGCUCCCUGGUUCCAGCAGGAGUCCCCCGCCCUCAGGUAGCACCCCACCCCUUUUCCUGGAGCGCUUGCUGACUCAGGACGCCGGUGGCAAGUGGGCGAUGGUGUCUUUGGCAGGGAUGCCGGCAGAAGGCCUUGCCCAGGACCGGCGCUUCUCAGUGGUGGACAUGGCGCUCCUGGGCGGGGUGCUGGGUGCGCUGCUGCUGUUGGCCAUCGCUGGGCUCACGGUCCUGGUCCACGAGCACUACUGCCACCAGCUCGGGUGCUGCUCCCGCAAAGCUCCUCUGGUGAGGCCCUCAGCAGGGCGGGCCAACGAGGCCUUCCAGACCCACGACGAGGCCAACUGGGCACCGGCCCCCAGCCCGGAGCCCGGCCCCGAGUCCACGGAGGCACCGCCCGCACCCGCGCAGCCCCCGCCCCCCACCCGUGCCCUUGGACCUCCCGCGGCGGCCCAGGCUGGGGACAGCCCCGCGGCCGUGCGGUCCAUCCUGACCAAGGAGCGGCGGCCCGAGGGCGGCUACAAGGCCGUGUGGUUCGGCGAGAACAUCGGGGCCGAGGCCGACGUGGUCGUCCUCAACGCGCCCACCCGGCACGCGGACGGCGCCAGCGACCCAGGAGGCGAGGGCAGCGGCGACAAGGACUCGGGCCAGGGCGGGGGUCCCCACGAAGUGCCCGGCGCGCGGGCCCGAGACUACAUCUAG